AUGGGAGAUUGGGAUUAUAAACUAAUUAAUUCUGCUAGAGAUGGAAGAGUUAAUGAUUUGAAGCUUUGCCUAGCGAAUGGAGCAAACAUUGAUUAUCAACAGGAUGUUGGGUGGACAGCAUUAAUGUUGGCUGCCAGGGAAGGACAUGUGGAAGUGUGUCAACUUCUUCUGGAGAACAGAUGUAACAAAGAUAUCACAUCAGUUAGUGGAUCGACAGCAUUAAUGUUUGCUGCCAGUGAAGGACAUGUGGAAGUGUGUCAACUUCUCCUGGAGAACAAAUGUAACAAAGAUAUCACAACAGGUAGUGGACGGACAGCAUUAAUGUUGGCUGCCAGGGAAGGACAUGUGGAAGUGUGUCAACUUCUCCUGGAGAACAGAUGUAACAAAGAUAUCACAUCAGAUGAUGGAUCGACAGCAUUAAUGUUUGCUGCCAGUGAAGGACAUGUGGAAGUCUGUCAGCUUCUCCUGGAGAACAAAUGUAACACAGAUAUCACAAAUUAUUAUGGACAGACAGCAUUAAUGGAGGCUGCCAGUGAAGGACAUGUGGAAGUGUGUCAACUUCUCCUGGAGAACAAAUGUAACAAAGAUAUCACAGAUAUGGAUGGAAAAACAGCUUUACAUCUGGCUGCUAUGUGGGGACAUCUUCAGGUAACAAGAUACCUAGUAGAAGAAGGAGGUAUCAGUCCCUUUGUUAAAACACAAAAGGGUAAGACUCCAUACGAUCUAGCGGCAGCAGAAAAAGAGGGACAGUAUAAAGAAGUUAUGGAAUACUUACAGACUGCUGUACUAAGGACGAAAGAUUCUAUGUUGAACAAACUGCUUGGCAGCGGAAGCUACCAAUCUUUUGACAUGCGCUGUAUGGUAACCGGCCAGUUUGCUACUGGGAAAUCAAGUUUAGUCAAGCUUUUAGUUGGGGAUAAUGUUCCAGAAGGGCGAUAUGCGACUGAUGGCAUUUCCCUCGUUGAAGGUCGCUGUGGACUUGAUAUAGAGACAAGAAAUUGGAUCAUGAUUGAUCCAGGAACAUAUAAUGCCUUGGAUGUAGUAUACAAUAAGGUUUUAAUGACCUCUGUUGAAAAGGAUGAAAGAAAACAAACAAAAACAUCAGGAAAACAUAAAUCCGAUGCAAAACUUGUUGAACUUCCAAAUAAAGACGAUAUUCAUUCUCAGAAGUCAGAAGCUACCAAGUCAACUUAUUUUCCUGUGAACCUCUCAGGUGAGCCUUCUACACAGCCACAAGCUACCAAGUCGGCAUAUUUUCCUGUGAACCUCUCAGGUGAACCCACUACACAGCCACAAGCUACUAAGUCGACAUAUUUACCUGUGAACCUCUCGGGUGAACCUUCUACACAGCCACAAUAUACCAAGUGGACAUCUUUCCCUCUGAACCUCCCAGUUGAACCCUCUCAGCAGCCACAAGCAGCCCAAUCUUUGUCACAACAGAUUUUCGCUAUUGAGUCUAAAAAACAGCAAAUGAAGAAGAAAAUGACAACUAAAAUGACCAAAAAAGAAAUGAGAAAGAAAAUGGAAAAGGUCCUCAAAACUGGUAAAUAUGAAAUGAAAGUUGGCAGACUCAUCUUCUGGGACUUUGGUGGACAGUAUGUCUAUUAUACAACACACCAGACAUUCAUGACUUUCAGAGCAUUGUUUCUAGUAGUUUUUGAUGGAAGUAAAGGAUUGAAUGAAGAAAUAUCUGAUGUACUGUGUUUUCCAGGGCAGCACAUGACACCAACCCCAGCAGUCUUUUUACUGCACUGGGUAAACUCAAUCCUGACCUAUUGUAAGGUGGUGUAUGCUGGUAUCCCUAAGAUCUUGUUUGUAGCCACCCAUAAGGACAAGGUACCAGUGGAGGAUGUUGAAACAAGACGAGCACUAUUGUACAGUGAAGUAGAGAAAUUAUUUAAGGACCACGAAGGAAGAAAUCAUCUUGUCCUUGACAAAAAAAUAUUUGUCAAUGCAACUGAUAAAGAUGAUCAAGAAAUUGAAUCCCUGAAGAAAGCCAUCACAGAGCUUACUUUCGAUCAUCCAUGUUGGGGGGAGGACAUGCCGAAUGCUUGUGUCCCCCUUGAACUGGAGAUUGCUGAAAUGGUAGCUGCAGGAAAGCAGAUCUUGUCAUUGGUAGAACUUACAGAAUUGAAUUCAAUCACUCAAAGAUUAUGUUAUAAUUAA